UCUUCCAAAAAUGGGCACCGGACGGUCAAGGCCUGCAGCUGCAAAAGCGUCCGAUCAUGCAUUUCAAAUAUUCUUGGAAACAUUCAAGAAUGCCCAUUGCUAUCUAGACGAUCAUGAUAUUAAGCAGAAUGCUCUUAUGACUUGGCAAGCUAUGUCUCCAUUGCAGAAGAGCCAAUUCCUGAAUUGGGAGGGGACGGCUCAUGCACCCAUCACGAGGGAGCCUUUACCCAAAAGAUCAAAAGCAAUGCGCAAAAAAUCAGUUGCUAAACUAAGGACUAGGGCAAAGCCGAAGGCAAAGCCGAAGGCCAAGCCGAAGGCCAAGCCAAAGCCCACACCGAAGUCGACUGCAGCUAGCAACAAGCUGAAGUCCAUCAAGAAGUCGAAGAAGGCUAUCAAAUCCACAACAAAGGGAAAGGUAAAGGCUCGCAGCACCCGUAAGACCAAGCCCAAGGUAGCCGAGCCUGCUCCAGAAGCUGAAUAACCUGGCUAACGAUCUCGUGUGUCAACAUUUUCCGCAUAGUUUGCCUUUCCCGUUCCCCAUGCACAGGUUUCCAGGAAACGAGCAACAACAAAACA